AUGACACUGGGAGAAGAAGAAGAAGGUACUCGUGAACAAGUACCAGUUAGUCAGCCAACGGGCACUACCUCAAUUGUUUCAACCAAGGAGAAACAACCAAAUAUUUUUAUUCGUGCUAUUAGAGCAACAUUUGGAUACCGCAAGACGUCAUUAACCUUAUUUGUAUUGUUAACUAUUUUCUUUACAGUCGCCUUUUCUUCAUAUGAUAAUAGUCUUGAUUUUACAAUUGAUCUACCAGAAACUAAAUUUGAAAAGCAAUUGUUGGAUUCAUCAUGGUUGGAUUUACAGAAUAUUGCUCGUUAUCCACAUUCUUAUGGUUCUCAUGCCAAUGAUAAAGUACAUGACUAUUUAGAAUCUAGAAUCAGUCAAACAAUCAAGGGGAAACCUUUUAUUGAAUUCGAUAAUGGAGAUGAAAAAAUUUUGUACAAUUCAUCCAAGAAAGUUGUGUCCUAUUAUGAAGGCAACAACUUAUUAGUCCGUGUUAAUGGUACUGACAGUUCACUUCCGGCAUUUCUCCUUUCAGCGCAUUAUGAUUCGGUUCCUUCCAGUUAUGGUGUCACUGACGAUGGUAUGGGAAUUGCCAGUUUACUUGGGGUUCUUUCAUAUCUUGCUAAUAAUAAACAACCAAAACGUACUGUGAUUUUCAAUUUUAAUAAUGAUGAAGAAUUUGGGUUAUACGGGGCCCAAGCUUUUGUCACACAUCCAUGGUUUAAACAAAUUCAAUAUUUCUUGAAUUUAGAAGGUACUGGUGCUGGAGGCAAGGCCAUCUUAUUCAGAGGUACUGAUUAUGGAAUUGUUAAACAUUUUGAUAAGGUACGCUACCCAUACGCCACAUCAAUUUUCCAACAAGGUUUCAAUAACCGUUUGAUUCAUAGUGAAACUGAUUAUAAGGUCUAUAAGGAGGCAGGACUUCGUGGGUUGGACUUGGCCUUUUAUAAACCAAGAGAUAUUUACCACACUGGUGAAGAUAACAUUAAGAAUAUCAACAUUAGAUCUUUGUGGCACAUGUUAUCCAAUUCAAUUGAUUUUACUAAUUUCAUUUCAAACCUGAUAAUAGACAACGACACUGGAAAAGAUGAGCCUGCUAUUUACUUGAGUGUUCUCAAUUACUUUUUCUCAACCUCGGUCACUACUCUCAACACCAUUAACAUGGUCCUUAUUGUAUUGUUCCCAGUACUCAGUGGCCCAUUGUUGUUUAUUACUGUUAGAUACAAGAAAUGGAAUAUUGGAACUGCCAAUUUAUUUAGUCUUCCAUUGGCAAUUGUGAUAACCAGUCUUGUGGGUGCGGUAGUUGUGAACCAGGGAUUUAGAUUGGUGAAUGAAUUCUUGCCGGCUUCUCGUCCAAUGUUAUUGGUUACUACUACCACUUCUAUUUUAUUGUUAACUUAUUAUAUUUUGUUGAAUGGCAUUAAUUUUGUCAGCCCUUCAGGUGAUCAAAAAUUGGUUUCAAUUAUACAAAUUUCAUUCAUAUAUUGGAUUGCAUUAAUUUUUGUUACAAGAGGAUUAAGUCAAAAUGCAAUUGGUGAUGAUCACACUGGUGAAUUUGCUUUUACUAUUUUGUUUUUACUUGAAGCUACUGCGUCUUUGUUUGGCUUGAUCGGAUGGACAUUUACUAGAAGUGUCAAAGAACCAACUGGUGAUGAAGAACCUUUAUUGAAUGGACGUAUGGAAAGAUAUGUUGACGGUUCAGAUGAUGAAGAUGAUGUUGAAGAAGAAGACGAUGAAGAUCAAUCCGAAGAAGAAAAUCAUCAACAUGAAAUGACUGUUAAGCAUUUAAUGCAACAUUUUGGAUACGAUUGGUCAUUACAAUUCUUGCUUAUUGUGCCAAUUUCAUCAUUAGUUAUUUACAACUCAGGAUGGUUGGUCAUUGACGGUAUUAAUAAAUCUAUUCAAGAGUCUUUAGUUGCUGAAAACUUUAUCUACUUGAUUAUUCAAUUAUUCUCUCAGUUUUGGAUCUUGCCAAUUUUACCAUUCGUUUACAAAUUAAAUAGAUUUAUGGUGUUGGGAUUGAUUGCUUUUGCCCUUGUUGGUGUCACGUUAAUCUCAUCUGUUGAUCCAUUCAAUCAAGAUAAUCCAUUGAAGUUGAGAUUUAUUGAAAGAGAUGGUGUUGCCCACGUCUAUGGUAGAACUGGAGUUGGUAUUUCAAAUAUAUUAGGUGAUAUGCCUUCAGUGAAAGAGUCUGGUGUCGGGAUCAAGUGUGACAGUUUACCAGAUGGUAAUGAAGACUGUUCAUACAAGGCAUAUUUACCUGGAAACUCAACUAUCCCUUCACUCAGUGUUAAAUCUAUUAACUCCACAGCACAACAAGCUUACAUCAAUUUUGGAGCUAUUCAAAUCAAUGCCCCAGAAAGUAGAGAGUGUAGUUUAGAAUUUAAGAAAGUCAAAGCUAUUGUUGUGUAUUCUGGUGAAAUCACUGCUAAAAAUUUCAAGGCUAUUCCAGAUGGCUUUUCAGAAGACUCCAAGGGUAAUUUGUAUUACAAGGAUGUGUCUGGAAUUGAUGUUGCACAACUCAACAAAUUAGGUUGGAAUAAGAAAUUCAAUUUUGGCUUUUAUUGGUUACCAGAUAUUGAUGACGAUGUUGCUGCAUUGCCAAUCCAUGUUGAAUGUUUUUGGUCAGAUAUAACUAUCCCAGCUUAUGAUGAAUUAUUACAUUACACUCCGAACUGGGUGACUUGGGCCAACCGAGAAAAAGGAUUGGUACUGUUGACUAAUAGAAUUGAAGUAUAG